AGCAAAGGCGGCUCCGCCCCUCCGCCCCGCCCCUCCACCGAGGGCCGGGAGCUCCGCCGAGCCAGCGAGCGAUCGGGCCAGUGCUGCAGGUUGGGAGGAGCGCCUGGAGGCAGACACGCUGAGAAUGCUGCAGUCGGGUCAGCUACUUUCCCUUGACGGUUCACCCUCCUCCACCUGGGUCCCCGUGGAACUUCCAGACGGAACUUUUCGUGUUAGAGAUUAAUUACGUGACUGUGGAAGAGUGAGCUGUUGAACCUUAUCUUCUUUGAACCUGCCAUUGUUCUCAAGAAGGUCUUCUAAAGGAAAAUGGAAGGGAAGGAAGCACUUGUGAAUUUUCAGCUCUUCUGCUCUCUGGUUUCCUCUCUCAUUUGAUGGUUCGUCUCCCAAGCCUCUUGUUCCAAAGCCUUCUAGAGGGAGUGGAGAAUGUCUCAUCAAAACCCUUCUGCAAGAUCUGUCCCCUACGUUCCUGUAGUAGAAUGAUUGUCACUGUAGUGGAUGGAUUGCUGAACUAUUGAAUUGCUUCCAUGUUUUGACCACACUAGGAAAUUGUCCAUGGAGUUGAAAUAUUUAUUGCAGUAAUUUCUGGCCUUACAUAAUUGAGGUUGAAGGCAUUUGGGAACUUCAUGCAUAAAAUUUGCAUGAUUCCUCACUCCUUUUUGGAUCUGUCAUUGGAUUCAAGCCAGCAUGGCUCACACCACAAAGGUUAAUGGCUGUGCCUCAGGAAAAGCAGACGAUGUUCUGAAUGGAGACCAUGACAAGGAACAGAAAGAUCCUUAUUUUGUGGAGACUCCCUAUGGUUUUCAGCUAGACUUAGAUUUCCUCAAAUAUGUGGAUGACAUACAGAAAGGAAACACCAUCAAGAAACUGAACAUCCAGAAGAGGCGGAAGCCAUCUGUGCCAUGUCCAGAAAGCAGGGCCACAGCUGGCCAGCAAGGUGUAUGGGUUUCCACUGAAUCCCUCUCAUCCUCCAACAGUGAUGACUACAAGCAGUGUCCCAGCUUCCUCCUAGCCAGAAGCCAAGUUACGUCAACUCCAGCCCCAAGGCCACCUGCCCCUCUGGAGAUCUCACCCACUUUUCUUACCAUCCCAGAAAGUCGACAGCUGCCACCUCCCUCACCACAACUCCCAAAGCACAACUUGCAUGUCACCAAGACACUGAUGGAGACCCGGAGAAGACUAGAACAGGAGAGAGUCACUAUGCAGGUGACACCGGGUGAGUUCCGAAGGCCCAGGCUGGCCAGUUUUGGAGGCAUGGGCUCCACGAGCUCUCUCUCCUCCUUUAUGGAUUCUGGAAACCACAGUUCUGCCAUGCACCAGCUUCAGAAUGGAUACCAAGGCAAUGGGGAUUACGGUGCUUAUGCCCCAGCUGCUGCCACCACUUCUUCCAUGGGGAGUUCCAUUCAUCACAGCCCCCUGAGCUCAGGGAUUUCCACUCCAGUGACAAACGUGAGCCCCAUGCACCUGCAGCACAUCCGCGAGCAGAUGGCCAUUGCUCUGAAACGCCUGAAGGAGCUUGAGGAACAGGUGCGAACCAUCCCUGUGCUCCAGGUAAAGAUCUCUGUCUUGCAAGAGGAGAAAAGGCAGCUGGCCUCGCAACUGAAAAACCAAAAAGCUGCAUCCCAGAACGAUGUCUGCGGUGUGAGGAAGCGGUCCUAUAGUGCUGGGAAUGCAUGCCAGCUGGAACAGCUCUCCAGGGCCCGGAGAAAUGGCAGGGAAUUAUACAUUGACUAUGAAGAAGAAGAGAUAGAGAGCGUGGAGCAGAGUACACAGAGGAUAAAGGAGUUCCGGCAGCUCACAGAAGACAUGCAGGCCCUGGAGCAGAAGAUCCAGGACAGCAGCUAUGAGGCCUCCUCAGAACUCAGGGAGAAUGGGGAGUGUCACCCUCGAGAGUGCCGAUCUGUAGCUGUAGGUGCCAAUGAGAACAUGAAUGACAUUGUUGUGUACCAUAGGGACUCCAGGUCCUUUAAGGAUGCCAGUGUAGGGACAGUCACUGAGACGAGGAGUUCUGGGGUCAGCGUGACAGAGGCCAUGCUUGGAGUAACUACUGAGGCUGACAAAGAAAUUGAGCUGCAGCAGCAGACUAUAGAGGCCUUAAAGGAAAAGAUCUACCGCUUAGAAGUACAGCUUAAAGAAACCACCCAUGACAGAGAGAUGACAAAACUCAAGCAAGAGCUGCAGGCCGCUGGAUCGAGGAAAAAAGUUGACAAAGCCAUGAUGGCCCAGCCGCUUGUUUUCAGCAAGAUGGUGGAGGCAGUGGUACAGACGAGAGACCAAAUGGUUGACAGUCAUGUGGACAUUGUUGACACAUGUGUUGGGACCUCUGUGCAAACAAGUAACAUAGGCAUCUCCUGCCAGCCCAAUCGUGAGAAUAAAGUCGUGGGGCCGGAGCUGCCCAUGAAUUGGUGGAUUGUUAAGGAAAGGGUAGAAAUGCGUGACCAGUGUACUGGAAGGUCUGUGGAGACGUGUGACAAGAGCAUGGGUAUGGAAAUCAGCAUCUGUGAAACAGGCAGCAACACGGAGGAGUCUGUGAACGACCUGACACUCCUCAAGACCAACCUGAAUCUCAAAGAAGUACGUUCCAUCGGUUGUGGGGAUUGUUCUGUCAAUGUAAUCGUCUGUUCUCCGAAGGAGUGCCUCUCCCGGAGCACGAAUACAGAGGCUGUUGGCCAGAUGGAAGCUGCUGUCAUGGCAGUGCCUCAUACCACAAGCCAGCAUACCAGUACAGUUUGGGAACAGGUGAACCAAUUCACCAACACUGAGACGCCCAUCCUUAUAGAAUCCUGUACCAACACUUCCCUCCACAUGUUGGACAAGCAGACCAACACCCAGACUGCAGAGAUGCGGACGGUGGCUAUAGGAGAAGGCCGUGUCAAGGACAUCAACUCCUCCACCAAGACACGGUCCAUCGGAGUUGGAACGGUGCUCUCUGGCAAUUCUGGGUUUGACAGGCCAUCAGCUGUGAAGACCAAAGAGUCAAGUGUGGGGCAGAUAAACAUUAAUGACAACUACCUAGUUGGUCUCAAAAUGAGGACCAUAGCUUGUGGGCCUCCCCCAUUGACUGUGGGGCUGACAACCAGCAGGAGGAGCGUAGGUGUUGGGGAUGAGCCUGUAGGAGAGUCUGUGGAGAGCCCCCAGCCCCAGGCUCCCUCUGGGAUGAUGACUGGCUUGGAUCACUACAUUGAGCGCGUCCAGAAGCUGCUGGCCGAACAGCAGACGCUGUUGGCCGAGAACUAUAGUGAACUGGCAGAAGCUUUUGGGGAACCUCAUUCACAGAUUGGCUCUCUCAACUCACAGCUCAUCAGCACCCUAACGUCGAUCAAUUCUGUCAUGAAGUCUGCAAGCACUGAGGAGCUGAGGAACCCUGACUUCCCCAAAAUGAGUCUGGGUAAAGUUGCAGGAAAUAAUCUGGAAUAUACCUGUAAGUGUGGAGGCCUUCAGUCAGGAGGACCAUUAAACAUCCAAACAUCCUGGCAUGAGCGAGAGGAGAGGUCCACAGAAGGGGAGCCCUUCAGCAGCCAGGAUACCUUCCCCUCUCAGGAAAGCACGCUAUCUCCAGUGAACCUGACAGACGACCAGAUAGCCGCUGGCCUCUAUGUAUAUACAAAUAAUGAAAGUACACUGAAGUCCAUCAUGAAGAAGAAAGAUGGCAGCAAAGAUUCAAAUGGAGCAAAAAAGAAUCUUCAGUUUGUUGGCAUUAAUGGAGGGUAUGAAACAACUUCAAGUGAUGAUUCCAGCUCAGAUGAAAGCUCUUCUUCCGAGUCAGAUGACGAGUGUGAUGUCAUUGAGUAUCCUCCUGAGGAAGAGGAGGAGGAAGAAGACGAAGACACUCGGGGAAUGGCGGAAGGGCAUCAUGCAGUUAAUAUGGAAGGUUGCGAGUCCGCCAGGGUGGAAGAUGAGAUGCAGGUUCAAGAAUGUGAACCUGAGAAGGUGGAGAUCAGAGAGAGGUAUGAAUUAAGUGAAAAGAUGUUGUCUGCAUGCAACUUACUGAAAAAUAAUAUAAAUGACCCCAAAGCUUUGACCAGCAAGGAUAUGAGGUUCUGUCUGAACACCCUCCAGCACGAGUGGUUCCGCGUGUCCAGUCAGAAGUCAGCCAUUCCAGCUAUGGUGGGGGACUACAUAGCUGCCUUUGAGGCCAUCUCCCCGGACGUCCUUCGUCACAUCAUCAACAUGGCUGAUGGCAAUGGCAACACCGCCCUCCAUUACAGUGUGUCACACUCCAACUUUGAGAUUGUGAAGCUGCUCUUAGAUGCCGAUGUGUGUAACGUUGACCACCAGAACAAGGCGGGCUAUACCCCAAUCAUGCUGGCAGCCCUCGCCGCUGUGGAAGCAGAGAAGGACAUGCGGAUUGUGGAAGAACUCUUCGGCUGCGGGGACGUGAAUGCCAAAGCUAGCCAGGCAGGACAGACGGCUCUCAUGCUGGCGGUCAGUCAUGGGCGGAUAGACAUGGUGAAGGGCCUGCUGGCCUGUGGAGCUGAUGUCAACAUCCAGGAUGAUGAGGGCUCCACCGCCCUGAUGUGUGCCAGUGAGCAUGGGCACGUGGAGAUCGUGAAGCUGCUGUUGGCCCAGCCGGGCUGCAAUGGCCACCUGGAGGACAACGAUGGCAGCACCGCGCUCUCCAUCGCUCUGGAAGCAGGACACAAGGACAUCGCCGUUCUUCUGUAUGCCCACGUCAACUUUGCAAAAGCCCAGUCUCCGGGCACCCCUAGGCUUGGAAGGAAGACAUCUCCUGGCCCCACCCACCGAGGUGCAUUUGAUUGAUUAUGUGCAAAUAGCCAUCCAUUUACAUGCCACCAUUAAGCUGCUAAUUGUUCCUGUUGGGGUGACACAUACUGAAUGUAUAUGUAUUGUGCCUGAGCUCACCAGCAAACAGAACGCAUAAAGCCAAGGACUAAAGGCUGGAGCUGUCACAGUGGAAGCUGAGCCUGCAGGAGAUUGUCAGCGGCCACACACCGCCUCCCUUCUGGCCAUCUUCCCUCCGUGUAGGGCACACUUGACCCCAGUCACUGUUGCCGUUGCCGUUGCUGUUGCUCUUGAGUCUCUGCUCCGUUAUGUACAGUUGUAGGAAACUGUAACCUGACCUGAGCAGGCAACUUGUAUUCCUUUUCUCUACCCUCCCUCCCCACCACCCCCUGCCACUACUGCUAAGAAGUGUCAGGUUCUCGUGGUGUUUUAAAAUUUUCCACAAAUAUUUAUAUUUACUAAUGUGGAACCAUUGGAAAGCUCUUUGAAAAUUCCAUUCCAGGAUGGUUUUGUUGAUUUUUCUUUUCUCUUUAUUAUCUUAAAGUAAGUUAGUUGAGGUGACUUUGAUGAUCAGCAACUUGGGCCUGGGCUGGUAGGUUUCUGGUUUAAAAAUAAAGAUGGAACUCUAAAAAAGUAUACAACUUACAAAAGGAAAUCUUUUCAGUUGGUUUUACCUAGGUGGAUAUAUUAUAUGACUUUUUAUAUAAAAUAUAUCUAUAUAAAAUUGACACAGUAUUUUCAACUUUUAUAUUCCGUGGUAAUAAAAGACAUGAAGAACUACAUGUAACAAUACCAUAUUUUUAUUAAUAAUUGCACAACUCUGUAUCUCAUGAUAAAGGUUGAAUUGCAUUAGAUGAAUUGGCUAUUUACCUCUAGAGAAAUAUAGUGUAGUUCUCCAUGUAUUUAUGGAUUCCUUUAUACCAUGUCACACUUACUUUGGUCUUAUAUGUAUUUAAGUGUUUGAAGUGCCUUAGACUCUUGCCAUAUUUUCAAAAUAAAAUUUCAUUAAGCUCUUUA